AUGCCUCACGGCGCGUACGAUGAUGGAGAGCUCGAGAUCUCUCUCGCGCCCUCGGCGAACCGCCGCGCGCAGAACAAGCCUCCAGAUGCGAGCAGUCGUCGAACGCAGAAUAGCAACCAUAACAGAUCUGUUGAGCCUGCACCUCAGAAGAAGGCUGAGCAGCGAAUCGGCGCCUACCAUAUCAUCCGUACGCUGGGAGAAGGGUCCUUCGGAAAGGUGAAGCUGGCCACGCACCGUGUGACGAACCAGCAGGUGGCUCUUAAGAUCAUUGCUAGGAAGAAGCUCAUCAGUCGUGAUAUGGCUGGCCGGGUGGAGCGUGAAAUCGAAUAUCUACAGCUUCUCAGACAUCCCCACAUCAUCAAGCUAUAUACUGUGAUUAAGACUCCGCUGGAAAUCAUAAUGGUACUCGAAUACGCCGGCGGUGAGCUUUUCGACUAUAUCGUACAGAAUGGCAAGAUGAAGGAAGACGAAGCUCGAAGAUUUUUCCAGCAGAUUAUAUGUGCCGUUGAAUACUGCCAUCGACAUAAGAUCGUUCACCGAGAUCUGAAGCCGGAGAACCUCCUCCUCGACGAGAACCUGAACGUCAAGAUUGCGGACUUUGGACUUAGCAACAUCAUGACAGACGGAAACUUCUUGAAGACAAGCUGCGGUUCUCCUAAUUAUGCAGCACCAGAGGUCAUCAACGGUAAAUUAUACGCUGGUCCGGAAGUCGAUGUCUGGAGUUGUGGAGUGAUCCUCUAUGUUCUCCUCGUUGGCAGACUGCCAUUCGACGAUGAACAUAUUCCAUCUCUUUUCGCAAAGAUUGCCAAGGGCCAAUACGUCGUGCCGAAUUAUAUGAGCUCUGGAGCUGCUUCGUUGAUCAAGAAGAUGUUGGCGGUCAAUCCUGUGCACCGAGCAACUAUCGAAGAGAUUCGAAUGGAUCCGUGGUUCCUCAAGAAUUUACCGGCAUAUCUACAACCACCCGUCGAGGAGUUCCUGGAUACCGGAGUUGAUUCUAGCAAAGCUAUCAACCCAAAGCUUAUUGCACCACAUGCCAGUCCUGCUGUCCAAGAGAAGCUGCACGAUCAAGUCACAGAAAAGAUCAGUAAGACAAUGGGUUAUGGUAUCAAGGAUGUUCAGGAAGCUUUAGCUGCUGAAGAGCCAUCUGCUAUCAAGGAUGCAUACUUGAUUGUGAGAGAGAACAAGCUGAUGCAGGCCAAUCCUAAUCUUGCAGACGACAAAGGCCAACUUCUAUUCCAAGCUUCCUCGCCACCGCCUUGGAAUGAUGGCAUUAAGCUGGACGCUGCCAUCUCCCCGCCAGCAUCUCCUGUCGCCAAGGAGCCUUCUGCAGGUUCUGAAGUUCCCAUGGUGCGGCCAAGUCCCCUUGUGGAUGCUAUGUCUCCCCGUUCCUCAAGCUCGAUUGGUACUGAUAGAUCACUUCGACCCUACGUCAGCAAGAUUGGUAUUCUUCCAAGCAGUCUGCCAACCUACCACAAGGAUUUUAUGGAGGCUCGACGAACGGGUAGGAAUAUUGGAAACCCUCUUUCGACCGCUCACUCAGAAGUUGAUGAACCACACCCUCAAACCGAGGCUGAGAAAGCUGAGACCAUGCGUCGCCUCAACCCUCACUCUCGCAGUCAGCUCAAGUUGGACGAAGCAAGUAAGAGACCCGCCGGAAUGACGCCUGUUCCACUGAAGAAGGUAAAACCAACGAAGUGGCAAUUCGGCAUCCGGUCACGCAAUCAGCCUCUGGAGGCGAUUGGCUGUAUCUAUAGAGCUCUUCAGAAGCUUGGAGCUGAGUGGGCUGUGGAUGAAGAUUGGACUCCGUUUCGUCGAGAGGAUGGGGAGGGCGACGAAGGAACAAACAAUAACAGCUUCAUAUCGAACGCUAGCGGAGGCUCAUUACACCAUGCGGAUUCCAUGAGCAGGCAAACCAACCGACAUGAUGGCUCAAAGUUGAGUUUCGGCAGUGUUGACCCCAACGCGCGUUACAAGCUACCGGCAGACCCCUGGGUGCUCCGAGUUCGCUGGAAGAAAGACGGCAUGUACCCUCCUGGAAUCGUUCCUCCCGGAUCCACUCACUCAUCCUCGAUAGAUCUUCGUCGUCAUUCCGCAGCCUCUCUUAGUAGCGCCGGUGGUUCCCUUACAUCCCAGGAGGCCUCGUCUUCCCCAAAAGCGUCAAGUAUGAGGCCCAUUGAGAGCGUCGGCAUGCAUCUCGACAUCCAACUCUAUGAAAUGGAGGUAGGUGUAUACUUGGUCGACUUCAAGUGUGCCGGCUACGAAACUCCGGAUGGAAUGCUACUUGAAGAGAAGGACGUCACUUCACCAUUCCCAUUCCUAGAUCUAGCUUCCAAGUUAAUCAUUCAACUUGCCGAGGCGGACUGA